AGGUCCAUUUGGUUUUCACGUUGCAAAAUCACUCUUCUACCAUGUUCCAUUGACCCAACCAAAACCUUUGUUCACCUCUUCGAGAAAAAAAAUGUUUGCUUCUGUUUCUGUUCAUAGCUUUAGCUCCCUUCCCUCUUGCUUUCCAAAUUGCAGCGAAAAUCGAACUGUGCCUCUCAUUCAUCAUCAGUUUUCUUCAUUCAAUUCUCUCUUGAAGUUAAACAAACAAGCUUUCCUCCCAAACACUCACUUCAGAAUUUCCAGAAGCCAGAAACCUCGCUCUAGUUUUGUAGUUUUUGCAGCACAGUCGAAUUUUCUUAAAGUUCUGCAGAAUGCAUGGAGAGUUGGUAGAGAUGGAGUUGAUGCAGGCACAAAUCUGGUUCCUAAUUCUGUACCAAGACCAAUAGCAAGGAUUUCAGUAACUAUUGCGGCUUUGAGUGUUACGCUUUUUGUACUCAAGUCUCUCCUCUCCACAGUUUUCUUUGUAUUGGCCAUUGUAGGACUGGCAUACUUCGCAUACCUCGCAUUCAAUAAAGAUCAAGAAGAACCUAGCGGGAAUGGAGGAACUACCUCCCCUCCUGUGGACGAUCCUGUGGAAGAAGCUAGAAAGAUAAUGGAUAAAUACAAGUAGCUGAGUAAGUUAUCUGAACCACCAAUUUGUUAAAUGUAAAGUUCUGAUCCUAUGAGACAUAAUAGAGAAAGAAGGAAUUUGAUAGAAUGGAAUUGCCAUCACUUGUGCAAAUGUUGUUUCCCUUUUCUGUAAUCAAAGUUUAGCUUUUUAAAUAGCUACAAUUCGGUAAACUUUGGUAA